AUGAGAGUGAAGCAGCGGAAGCCCGAGGCCGGUGUAGAUGGUGCUGUGGACCAGUUGCGUAGUCAGUUGGAUCAGAGGCGAGUGUUGGUGUUUAGUUUGCGUUCUGUUGUUCAGUUUACGUCGUCUAAUAACCGACAUUACGUUGACAAUGUUUACAGUGGAGUGCAGAAUGGUUUAGUGUCAGUGUUGGUGGAGUUACUGGGGAAGUAUGUGAGUGACGAAGAUAUUGUGCAUCAUCUGGCUAAGAUUUUAAGUGGGGUAACGAAGGCAUUCGAUCAGGAUCCAGAUGAGGAGGGGAUCCAGCAAGCGAUCGAUCAAGGUUAUGCAACACUGCUGGCGGGUGUGGUGGAUGCAUCCAUCAUAGUCUCCCAGCCCUCCGAUGGAUCGGUAUGGCCAGCACUGGACAGCAUUGUGAGGAUAGCAUUACAAAAUAAUGUGCUCACUGUCGAAGACACUACACUCGAACACAUUGACACGAAACUAAACGCUCCCAAGUUUACAAGACCCUAUCUUGCUGUCGUGUGCGGGCUAUUGAACCUUUAUACACGUCAACAUCCUAAGUCCACAAAGAUAGUAGACCUAAAAAUUCCAACUAAGUUACUAAACAAUCUCUACAAGAAUUCACGCCAGGGCAACAAUGCUUUCGAUUCUGAGUCACUACAAUUUUUGUCCGAGUCACUGGGCACCGUUCUCGCUAUCCUACCACCAACCGGUGGCUAUCCGGAUCAUGAAGACGCAACCGGCGUUGUCCUCAAGUUGUUAGAGUUGGUACGGGGUAAAAAGGCUCUGACUGAGACCCUUUCGCGCAUCCUUGCCGCUUUGGUUGGCCCGGAGCAGCUGAAGAAAAGUGCGGAAGCAAUCGGGAAGGGUGGAAAAGAGUCUCUGCAAGCGUUGGAAUUGUUGUCUGCACUAUCGCACUCGAGUGCGUUCACAGCUUCGUUUCAAGAUGCUGGUCCGUUGUGUAACAUACUCAACCAGUGUGAUGACGUUUUAGACGAAGCCAAGGCAUCCAGCGUCAAGGCAGCCUGCAGCAUGCUCACCGGACUACUGACGAACAACCCCAAGGAAGUAGGCAAGGCGAAUGUGCAGGAGGCGAGCGGCAAAGUGCGCGAGUUUUUGAAGAGCGUCGAGGGCAUGUCCGACGACUUGAGUGAGGCAGUCUAUGGUCUUGCCAGCGCACUCAGCUCCAGUGAUGCUGCCUUUGGUCGCAGCGUCAACUCAGGAACAGUUGAGAUAAUUGCCAAGACUGUCACCCCUAGCCAAAACCCAGAUACGGCUAUGGCAGCCCUCAAAUUGCUAUCGCACUUGCCGACAGUGCCGGCAGAUCUGGAGGCUGUCGAAGUGGCCUUUAGUUCGCCAGACAAAAGACUUAUGGUGCCCGCGGCAAAGAUUUGCGAGACCUUCAUGAGGGAGCGUAAGGAGGAGAGUCUGAUAAAGGUCCUGCCCGCGAUCGUGAACGGAUUAAAGUCACUUACAGCCGACAAUCGCGCCGAGAUGGAGGCGUUAUUGCCCAUGCUACAAAUGCUGUCGGCGGCCAGCGAGGUGGGCGGGCCAUUGGCCAAGGUCGAGUCGGACUUGUCUGUGGCGGUAUUGCGUUGUUCGAUGACAUUUGCUGAUAUACCACACAUAGUUAAAGCAUGUGAGACGUAUUUGCGGAAGACCGCUUCAACUGCAGAUAUCCAGAAGGCGAUUGAUCAGCUGGUUAAGCUCUCGAAAGAGCCGAAGAAACAUUUCCGGGAGUGUGUUGAUGCUUGUGCUACUGUACACGGUGUUAGUAGUUUGUCCGGCACAGAUGGAGUGGGUGCAGAGUCGUUGGACGGUUUGAUCAAGGCACUGGGACAUGUAUGCCAAUGCCCAUACUUCCCGGAGCAGCGUCAGCUGAUUACACACGUUUUGACAUGUGUUAAGUCACUCGCUCCGAUCGUGUCCAAUAAAGAACCGCUGAAGGAGGAACCUCACCGGCUGCUGGCUAUCGCACACUCGGCAGGAUGUCGAGCUAUUGCGGAUCAGGAACAGAACUCGACAGGCGAUUCGGUGGUGACAGAUAUCGUGCGAUGUGCGACGGUUGUAACACAGUUGGAUCAUUUUGAAGCACUGGGCAGUUUGGAGAAAUGUAUGGGUGAUAUUAGUACGUUGAUGCGCAAGUAUCCGGAGCAGCGGAAGACACAAGUUGCGUGUCUGCAGUUUCUAUCUGUAAUUCUGGCACUUAACUCGGGCGAUGUGUCGCCGGAAUUCCUGAAGUCUGGCGCGUCCAAGCAAGUGCUAGGUACCAUGAGUCGUGGUAGCGCGAUCGAAGAGUACCAGGCGGUGGGACUAAGGGUGGUCCUCACUUGCGCCAAGAAGCGACCCGAGAACGUAGACGGGCUGCGUCGGGCGGGUGUCACGGAGGUGCUCAAGAUGGUCUCAGAAAACUACCAGUCCAAGGCAGACGUUCUCAAACUCUGUCAACAAUGUCAAGCUAUUCUCAUGCCACAGGACCAGGCACGGGAUGAAGUCUUGAGUCAAAUAGAGGCACUGCAAAUUGCCGGCCGGAACCGCGAUGUCAAGACCGGCGGUGAGGCUUUGGCCACACUUGCGGGACUUUCAGCGGCUGCGGACGCGGCCAAGUUCGCCGCCAAGAACGGUGUGGGCAACGCGGUGAAUGCGUUUUUCGAAUCCAUGAAAGUGGCGCCCGCGGUACCCUUCCAGAACUUGGAGACGUGUUCGCUGGGUGCUGUACAGACAUUACGCAAUGUCGGUAACGUGGGAAAGCCGCACAGCUCCAUGCUGCUCAAAGGCGGGGCCAUCCCUCUCAUACAGACCAUUUUGGAGGAAGCGUUGCAGCAAGACAACGCAGUGGCGAGUGAAGUCGUAGCUCAGUGCCUCGAGGCCGGUCGUUGUCUACUGACCAAUGAGAGUAACCCCGCAGCUGCGCCGGGUGCACAGGAGUUCAGCGCGCGUCUUACCGAACUUCUCCCGCAGCUCGCCGCAGAUCCGAAACAGGUCAUGGGCAUUGUUUCCACGGUGGGGUUGUUGGCAUCUGAAGAAACCCUCAACGGCGCCGCCUUCAAUGCGUCAUUGCCCCGCCUCAUUGAGGUUUUGGAGCAUAGUACAUCAGAGACCGAACGUGUUGACGCGCUGCGUUGCAUCUUCCAAAUGGUCGGAAGGGAUCGUCACCAAAACAAGCUUGUUCAGAAGUUCGCUGAAGCCGGCGGCUGCGAAGCCGUCAUCCGUUGUCUCGACUCUUACGGCCAAGACGAGAACAAGACGGCCAUCUGGUGCCGCAAAGUGCUCGAGCGAAUUGUGAGCGCAAACGGCGACGGAACUGCGCUGCGUCAGGCCAUGCUGAAACGUGGAGGUAGUAAUGCGUUGGACUUUGCAGUGCGCGCACUGGGUAGGAAUCUGGGAGGUUGUCGUGACGAUGCGGACUCGACGGCCACCGUGCUGGGUAUGCUUUGCAAGCUGACCACCAAAGUAGACAAGAAACGGUUGCAGGACAUGGACCUGCUGGGUACGGUGACGGAGGCACUGGUUGUUGAUGGUAGUACGACGGAGAUGAAGGGACUGAUGGGAGAACUACUUGGUAACUUAGGUGGUGACGCGUUGGUGGACGACUACUUCCAGGAGGUAAUUGAUCUUUGCGACCGGAAGCCGGAUCGUUGGAAGAGUGAGUUGGCAUCAGUGUUGCAGAAGUUGGAGACCUUCGUUUUUUGUCACCCCGAUGACGUGGACGCAGCCUUCGGUAAGGCGCCUCAGGCCGUUUCUGCACUCGCAAGAAUUUUACCCGGUUUGGGUAAUGACGUGGAACUGUUGGAGCAUGCCGCGCUCACUGUUAAGAACCUGGCGCACCGCUUUGCGGACGACCCGAUGAGCAACUACGGUGUCCAAACUUGCAUCCAGUCUGGGUUCGCACAUACUGCGAUCGGCAUGAUCAAUGAUUCGGGCAAAUCAUCGUGUGUGCGGAAGUCCUCUAACUUCCUGCGCGACAUGUACGAGACGUUGGAGCUCUGUUGCUCUAGCGAAGUGACCUAUAGCGCGGUCGCUAAGCUGGCAACUGCUAACAGCGACGAAUUCCUGAAGAGCACUUGGGACCUACUUUACCGCUACAAGAACCAGGAGGACGUUGCGACAGCGAUAAUCUCAUUCAUCGGCCAUUUCUCGCGGAACACGGAGGCGGUAGAGGCAUUGGAACGCGCUCGCAAGACUUGCGAUGACUAUGACAAAGUGCGCGAACUUGGUGGCGAUGUUUCCGAAGCUGUUUGGAAUAUUGUCUGGAAUUUAAGACGUAAUGGUCAGAGCGUUGGUAAUGGACUGGAUGCUCUGGGUAUGAUUGCUGCGAAUGCCAGUGGCCGGUUGACCAAGGUGCUAAAUGGAAGUUCGCGGGGUGCAAAUAUCGACAAGAUUAAACAACUUGCCGAAACAGGUCCUGAGGCUGCCGCUGGUUUCGCGGGCUUCUGUCGUUGUCUCAUGACCGCUGAGGUGCCUGGUACGGAGGACAUCUGGAUGAAUUUGUUGGAGAUAUUGGUGAAGCAGUAUUACUCUAUUCGUGAUGAUGAAUCGACGGAGCAAGAUGUGCGCGAUCGGCUACUCCGACGUAUGGGAGGUUGCAUCGAAGCUUUUGCGCAACGGAAGCAAUUCAAUCUCGUACGUGGACCUCGAGGUAUUGAAUGUUUGACUGAAGCAGUCAAAGCCGAGUCGCACAAUCAGCAAGCAGCUAGAUCGCUGGUUGCAUCCUGCUUCGCUAUGCGUGAAGACUCACAAAGUUGGAACACACUCUGUAGCACCGCGCUCCCCGUCGUGGUGGUGGAGGGAUUUGAAACUGUCACACUCGAACAAGACGUGGCCGACCAGUUUUUGGACCUUUCUUUGGAAUUAGCCCAGGUUGAUGAAGACAACCUACGUAUCAUGCAAGAGACCUCUGAGAUCAUUCUGGCGACGGACUCCAUCAAGAUGAACGCACUUAGUAACGGUUACCCGGCGACUGGUGAGUUAUGUGUAAAGUGCGAUAAACUGAGGGGUUUAUUGGCGGCUAAGUUGGAGCAGAAACUUAAGCUGGAAACGGUCUACAAACGCUGGGUGGCACGUAUCGACCGAAAUGGAGGCUCUCCCGAGAUCCUGGAGCUUGGUACGAACGCGGGUAAAGACCUUUUGGCGGAGUUUGAGUUUGUGUAUCGAGAGACGGAGGAGCUGUCCCGGAACCUGAAGCUGCAGGCGGUGGCGCAGGACCCGGUUGCGCGGGAGUUCUGGUUCGGUUGUCACUGUUUUACGUUGUUGCAUCAAUUGCCUCUGAAUGCUCGUUUGUUGUGCGAAGCGCGAGGUACAACACACGUGUGGGCGGUGCAGGCACUAAAGAAGCAGCCGUUGGAGGAGUCACUGCAGACAGUGGUGGAGGCUGUGGUAGAUGCAGUAAAUAACGCGCCAGAGGACUAUGCAGGCGUGGAGGGUAUGGCCGCAAUCGCAGUGGAAGUUGUGCGAAGGUGUACUGAAAAGGCAAAGUGUCAAGAGGGCGUGACGUCAUGGACUGUUGCUCGGGUACCAACCGACCAUGGCCCUUUCGUAAGCGAUCCCGGUGUGGCGGAAGAGUUGUCUCGGAGUGUCGAGUCCUGGAUGGUUGAACGUCUAGUCUUUAUGGCGAGGCUGUGCUCUCAGCGGACAUUUUAUAACGAUACAGAGGCGCUGAAUGCACUGAAGUACGUCUGGACGUUGGUUGAUCGACAAGAGUUCGGUGUAAGCACGCUUAAAAGUCUGAUGCGUGUGUUGCGGGCAAUGGCCAAUGAGGGGAUCUGUGAAGAAUUUAUUGAGCUGAAGUACCCGGAAGCAUUGUUAGAAUUGGUGGAUGGGUUGAGUACACCGAAAGAUCUUUUGGCUGACGUUCUUAUGGUCAUCGGAUUCAUGGCUUCGUUCACGAAAACCAAGAAUUACUUUGGCCGACUUGAAGGUGUCCGUCGCAUCGUGGCGCUGCUGAAGAGGUCAGAGAAAGAAAAACCCUCGGCGUCAUUAUCGCGUGUGCAACAGAAUGCGUGUCUCGCUAUCGGCAACCUUGUGCUCGGACAUCCCCAGAAUGGAACCUUGUUUGGCAAGGAGGGUGGGGUCGACCUCACCAACCGAAUCCUAAACCGCGCGAUGGACAGCAAGGUCGAUUAUGACUUAGCAAACGCUGCCUGCGUCCUUAUGUGCAAUGCUUCCUUCAAGCGAGACGACUUCAAAGAGGCCUUCGGACGCGCGAACUCGCCUUCCUUCAUCCUCCAGUGUUUCCGAACCUACGACGGAGCAGACGUGCCGGCCGCACACCGUUGUCUCGGCUCCAUGUUCAAGGCCGUCGGUAACCUCGCCUUGGUGCCGUCGAACGUGCAGCGGUUCCUGGAUGGCGAUAUUGGUGGCUGUAUGAAGAUCUUCUACCGACGCGCCGAUUCGGUUCCCGAUGAGCUCUUGCUGGUCUCGCUCAAGACGCUCUCAAACUUAACGCUGGAAAAUGCAGACGCGUUCAUGAACCACUUUGGAGCGAUAUUGGUGCCCCUAAUCGAUAUCAUUUCUUCCGGGAAGCACAAUCAUGCCGGCCUCAUGGCGUUCAUGUGCGAUACGUUUGCUUCGCUCUGUCGAAACGUGGACAAUCGUAAAGUCUUUCUCUCGCACCAGGGCGUUGAGCAGUCGAUAUCGCUGGUGAAUGAGUUCAAGGACGAGCAGCUAUACAUCAAGGCGCUGGACCUCUUCGCCGUCCUCGGUUCCUACUCGGAUGCCGCGCAGCGUAUGGCGGACAACGGGCUUUUCAGCUUCAUCCUUGGCGUCCUGGAGGAAGGCGACGACUUGGAUGCACUGACGGUCGUGGCGGCGCUCCGCGUGAUUCGCCGGCUCGUUGCUGAUAAGGCGGUUAGCGAUAUGUUCAUCCGCGCCUCGCCCAUGGCGUUGUUAACUGAGUGCAUCAAGGCUGCAGCGCCCUUCGCUGAAGACUCUGUGCCCUCGGCGCUUACAGUUAAGGAAGUAUGCCACAUUCUACUAACCUUGAUCUACCUCCAUGCGUCCGAGUACGGCUCAGAUGUGGACUACCAGAACGCGGUGAACCCGAGAGAGGUCGCUUGGGCCCAGGAGUUGUUGUCCGGUGUGGCCAUUCGUUCGCAGCAAUUCUCGCGAGUCUUCUCUCGCCGUGUGCCAGCUUCAGAUGUUUCCGAAGAAGGUUCCGACGACUCCGAGGACACUCGCGGUAGCAGCGCCGCGGACAUGGUUUCCGCCAGCUCGGAGGCCAGUGCGGAGAUCGGGAACGACGAAGAGGGCAGUCCCGUUGACCUGCACACACCCCCUCGGAGAGACGAAUCGAAUUCUCAGACCGAUAGCAACGUCAACAAGCGGGACAUCCUUGUCAAACCGAAGGGUCCGCGCAGCUACUCCGAGAUCGGCCUUGACGCGAAGGCGCUCACAUUAAUCUCCCGCGCACUGUUCGUCAUGUUCCUCGGGCAACAUGAUGACGUGCUACACGUCGACAAACUGAGCGAGUUCGGACUCUCGCUCCUCGCCUAUACGGCUUGUGAGAAACCCGACGGGUGCGGUCUCGUCUUCACCGACUGCAACGCAGAUGUUGGCCUGCCUCUACUAGUCUCCAAAAUCUUCGGCCAUACCAAGACACAGAAGGGCGAAGGAAAAAUCAGACUACUGGCCGUCGGAGCGGAUCUCGUAGGCAACGCAUGCUGCAUCAUACCCGCCAACGAAAUAGCUGCAAUUUCUAACAGCACUGAUGCUAUGGGCGCCCUUCGAAGCGCCGCAUCCGCACUCACCAAGAAACGGGAGGCGCCCCUCCGCAAACGCAUCGACGACAUCUGGAGCCUGCUCGAAGGCAACAAAGAUGCACCUAGGCCCGAAGCAUUCUACUCUCUAGCCACGUACGAAUUCCCCAUUGACGGACUCCAACUUUCCCGAGAGGAAUUCCCCAACGGCGUUCAAGACCUCCCCGGCAAAAUUAGAAACAAGAUCAGAAAGGGAGGAAAGAGCAAAUGCCUAAUCAAAAACGAAGCCGGCCAAUACACACUCAAACCCCUCUGGUGGAAGAGCUCGGGUGACAUGAGCGAACUACGGUUCAUGACCGACGCCAGCUCACAAAACUACGACUUCCACAUACCUCUUAGCAGGGUACGCAAAAUCGUCAGAGGCACACAGGACCCCGACUUAACUGAACAAAUCAAACAAUUAAAAGGUAACCACGACCACACAAAUCACAACACACUAGUUCUUCACUCACUCGCUCACACCUGCCAGCUCAGGCAGCUCGAUCACUCUAUAGUUUCCGCCAUCGUUCCUUCAGUAAAAACGCGACACAUCGUGUCUGUCUGUGGAGGUGAUGCCCCCGAAGUGAAUAUGGUGUUCUCGAAUAGGAUCAAGACUUCAAGGAUGUAUGAACGGAUCGCCACGUGGCACGCGGCAGCCACUCGUUAG